AUGGGAAGAUUCUUGGACAAGGCCGCGUCAAAGUGCUUCAGCUACCCAUGUCCAUACGACCCUAGCGCGCUCCAAGAAAAGCCGCCGAAGUACCAUGCAUCGAAAGUCACGUCUGUGGAGCGAAGAACGAAAAAGUCAGCCCUCUCUGCGCACCCACCGCCGUAUUCAGACCCUAGGUCUCCAGAAAUAUCGACGAAUGCCCAGGAAAAUGCACGAUCACUUCAUUACUACCGCAGUUCAAUCGGAUGCUGGACAUGCCGCUCGCUCGUGUUCAGACAGAAGCUAAUCGAAUGGGUGGUUGCACAGAGGAAGCCGUAUACGGCUGUAACUGUCCAAAUCGACCGCCUGACGAGCGAGCAAUACGGAGAAGAUGACGUCGGCGGAAUUAUCGACCUGAUAGAGGUGAUUCGCAUUCAAAGUUCAGGUCCUACUGAGGCAGCUAGAGCUAUUCGGAAGAAGCUGUAAGUCACCGUCUUUGACAUGUUUGAGUGCGAUAAGUUGAUGUUCGCGCAGAAAAUAUGGAAAUCCCCACCGCCAAGUGAGGGCCUUGGUGAUCCUGGACGGCCUCAUUCAAAAUGCUGGGAGUCGAUUUCAAAGGGCAUUCGCAGACGAGCCUCUUCUCGAGCGACUACGACUAAUGGCGCGGGACGACGUGGUAGAUGCUCACGUGCGCCAGAAGUGCAAAGUUCUCUUUGCGCAGUGGGCAAACGCAUACAAGAACACACCCGGAUUAGAACCAAUUGCCAGCCUAUACAAGGAAUUUCCGAAAAGCCAACGGCCAGCCGCUGCUCGUCAAAAGGUUCUGCAGGAUUCAACGGUAGCUUCGGAUGCUGAAGCGGCACAAUCACCUUUCGCAGAACCAGCAGAGUCUCGGCCUCGCUCGACUUCGAAGCCUCAUCCUCCGGCACAGGCAUCAUCUUCGCGACCGGUAACGCUGACGCCUACGUCUUCAGGUUUCUCCUCAAAGUUGUUCAAAGAGAAGAAAAGCUCAUCAAGCAAGGCGUUUAAAUUAUCCCACGAGAAGGAGAACAUGACGAAUGCCCUCGCGCAAGCCUCGAUUGCUUCCACGAACCUGCUUAACGGUCUCCAGCUGAUCAACCGCGAGCAUGAGCGAGUUUCGCAGAACCAAGAAUGUGUCCGACGCUUCGAAGCUUGCAGGUCGCUUCGAAAGAAGAUCCUCUAUUACAUUCAACACGUCGAAUCUGAUGAGUGGAUCGGCAGUCUGGUCAAUGCCAACGACGAAUUAGUGAAGGCCCUGACGGCGUACGAGAUCAUGGACCGAAGCAUCAACGACGACAGCGACAGCGAUGCUUGGGAGAAUGCAGGCGCGGCGAGGCCAACAUCUCCAAAAGGCGUCAGCAGCACUACGCAGCAACAGCUCGCAGGGCUGUCGCUCGAAGAAGCGCCACCGGCCAAACCACCUCGCCGUAAUGCACCGGCGGCCAUUCCGAUGCCCGCUGCGGCUCCGCCGGUUCCUACUGCUUCAAAAAGGCUUUCUGAUGACGACGACAACGAAGAAGAUGAUGAUCCGUUUGGAGACUCUCACGCAGCGAAGACUCCAUUUGACGAGCGAAGUGGUAUGACUUGGCGGGAGGUAUAG